GUAAAAACAGAGCAGCAUCAAAACAGUUUAGUUUCUGCUGCUGUGCUUUGAAGAGAAAUCGAGAGAAACUGACUGUAAAAUGAUCACAGAACACAAUGCUUCUCAUCUGAUCAAAGCUUCAUCUGCAGAAAUAGAUUUUCUGUAAGCUUUCAGAAGAAAAAACCCUUUUUUCAUCUCACCCAAAAACAGAGCUAAAAAAGACCAGAGAAACUCUGUCAAAUUUGUUCAAAGAUCAAAUCUUUUUGUUUCCUCUUUCCUUUCGAAAAAUCACCGUGAAAUUGUUGGUUUUUAAGAGAUGGAUAAUCUGGGUAAGUUAUCUGAUGCCAUGUUGCUGAAUGGAGAGAAGAGAGCUAGUCUUCGUGGUGCGUUGGAUUUGUUGAUGAUGGAAUCGAAGGAUUGGGAGCGUCAUUUGAAAUCUGCGGAGACCUGUUUGAGAGAAUGCUUGAGUGAGCACAAAAUUAAAGAAGAUGUUAGGCGCCAGAAAUUAUGUUUCGAGAAAGGGUUGAAGAAUUUGGAGGAGAAAGAAACAGUGUUAAAUGGGUUGUUGGAGAAGAUAGAUAUGGAGAGAAAACAGUUUGGGGUACAAAUUCAGGGCUCUGUUGAUGAAAAGCUGAAGGAGAUUGCUGUUCGAGAGCAGUAUCUUGUGGAUGUAUUGGAGAAGAAAGAAAAUGAACUCAGAUGCCUGAAGGAAUGUUUGGACAAAAUGAAGGAUGAACUUGCUUCAUCAAGGGAAAGUUUGGAGACAAGGAAGAAUGGCGUUGCCUCUUCAGAGGAAUAUUUGCAGAAAAGGGAAAUUCAGCUUAAAUCAAAAGAGAUUCUUUUGAAGGAGAAGGAAAUGGAUCUUAUUUCCAGAGAGGAAACAGUCCGUAACAAGGAGAUUAGCAUCGAGUCCAGAGACAAGACAAUGACGGAUUUGAGGAGUUCACUUGAGUUGAGGGAAAAGGUUUUGAAGAAAGAUGAAGCCAAGGUUGAUUCGACUAAGAAAAGCUUAGAGAAGCAGGCGAAAGAGCUCGAGUCCUUGAAGAAAGACAUGGAGAAAACGAAAAAAGAGCUAAUUUCAAAGGAGGAUGAUUUGGAAACACGGAAAGCUGAGCUAACUGGAUUAGCUAGGGAAAUUGAGCUGGAGAGGGAACUUGUGCAGUUGAAGGAAACUGAGCUUGCUACCAGGCAACAGCUUCUGGAAUUGAGGGGGAAAAAUCGUAAGGCGGAUUCUGUUAUUGAUUCCCAGAAAGAAUGCUCGGAGUUGGUGGAACAUGAUUUGGCUAAACAUCAUGAACCUGUGACUACCAUCUUGGCAAGAACUCCAAAAGUCUGUGGGACAAAGAUAGUUGAAGGCAAUAACAGUUCAGGAAGUUCCAAGCGGAAAAGGUCCUCCAGAAGCGUAAUAAGGCUGAUCAAAGGUCUGGCCGCAAAGGAAAAGCACCAGCUAAUCUGACGGAUUACAUUACAUAUUAAAAGCAGCUUCCGUUACCACAGCAUGAUCCUUAGGCCUAUCAGGUUCAAUCUAUUUAUGAAUGGAAAAAUGCAGUUAUGCAUGCAACUAAGAAAAUGGUGUUUGUCAAGAAUCAAGAUCAUAAUGAGAGUAGCUUCAGUUUAAUAGAUAUAAUAAUGUUUAACUUCUACUUAAUGAGUAAUACCAACUGUUUUAAGUGAUCAAACCCGAGGCCGCUAGAAGGCAACUCACUUUGUUCUUGUUCUUUUCAUUAGUCUUGUCAAGAUUGUCUUAGGCAACAUUGCAGAUAUUCCAGUUUGAUCUUCC